UCGGAUUUGGGUUUUGAUAAGAACAAGAACUCUACUCGAAUGGGAAAGUAAACUCAGAUGGAUCUGCACAUGGACAUGAUCCCGCCAUUAAGCGGCAUUCAACUUCCUGCUUCCUCUUUCGGUAGCAGUUGUCUGGCCGCGUUAUUUGUCGUUCGAGUCUUCACUAUGAUCGUCACCGCAAAAACCAUUUGGAAAGACGACUUGGACGAUCUGUUCUGUAAUUCUACCCAAGUGGGCUGCAGUCGAGAAUGUUACACAGAGUUUUCUGUUCUGUCGCCAUUUAACUUCUUUGCGCUACAAACAGUAUUUGUUACCACACUGUUGAUCUGCAAGAAGAACCUGAGGCGGUACCAUAUCUCUAACCAAACAGCCUGCAACUAUUUGAGUAUGCUUUCCAGAAUACUUACUGAAGGAAUGUUUCUCGUUCUAUGGCAUGUGAUCUACCCUAGUUUAUUGAGGAAAUCUGCCUUUAACUGUGAUAUAUUUCCCUGUGAGCCAACAGUGGUCUGCACUAUGCUUGGAAAUAGACAGAAAAAUGCCUUUUCAGUGUUUAUGUACAUAUGUUCUUUGGCUUGCAUAUUAAUGUGUGUGAUUGAAAUGUUCACACUGGCAAAAAAAAACAUACGUUCUUUAAAUUACAUCCAGGUCUUUUAAAUGUUAUAGCUUCGCUACAUCUGUUAUAUGCACUUUUUUCAAAUGGAUUUGAUUACACUGGACAAGGAAGAUUUCCCUUCAGAAUACUUUUGGGUGUAUCUUAUGGAUAUUGCAGUCACAGAGAAACUGUCAUCAGGGGAACUGGAAUUUAUCAAUGGUGGAUGACUAGUAGUAGUCUCUCGAAGUCCAAGGAAGACGAAUGCGUUACGCAGUUAACGUCUGUGGGCACGCAUACAACGUCCGAGGCGCAGAUGACUAUUGAACACUUAAGUCUCAGACAGAGCACAAAUGAAAGUCAACGGAACGUUUUCAGCUUCGCUGAACUAUUGCAGUGUCAGCACCAUUAUCCAAUUAAACACAUAUUCAUAAGUUAACACGAGGAAAUCUGCAGAUGCUGUUAAUUCAAACAGCACACCACCACAAAAUGUUGGUGGAGCACAGCAAACCAGGCAGCAUCUAUAAGAAGCACUGUCGGCGUUUCGGGCCGAGACCCUUCGUCAGGGCUAACUGAAAGGAAAUAUAGUAAGAGAUUUUAAAGUACAAAAGUCGACAGUGCUUCUCCUUAUAGAUGCUGCCUGGCCUGCUGUCUUCCACCAGCAUUUGGUGUUUGUUGUUUCAAUAAGUU